UUUCUGGAAGAAGCUUCUCAUUGGCCAAAUAUCUUUGGAGGGAAGGAGUCCCUUUUUUCACUGUAACCGAGCAACUGCCUGGGACAGAAAUAGGAUGAAGCUAGCUUUGUCUUUUGUUCUCCGGCGUGCGCACUUUUAUUAUUAUUGUUGUUGUUUUACUUCUGCACUGCAGCCACACUCCGGAGUUGAAGCGAAGAAGAGCAGUUGGUAGAAAACAGCAACCUCCGAUACUGGACGCUGCUUCCCGCAGGACUCAUGUACAUGCAGAUUGCAAACGGAAGAAAGGAGAGGGGGGCGAGAACAGCCCACACACCGACCUCGGCCCUUGUUGCAGACUGCAGGGGUCGCUAAAGAGCGGACGCUGCCCCCUUUCCUCUCCUCCGCCCCCCCUCCCAGUGAAUAACGGGGCUGAGGAGAAAGAGGAAACCGCGGUGAGGGGGAAGAAAAGAGUUCAGUUGGCGGCUUCUCUCAGAAUAGAGCUGAGCAAGCGCGCGCAGCAACAGGCUGCUGCCUGGCCUGGGAGGGCGCUGCGUGCAACACCUCCAGGUAAAAGGGACACGGCUUAGGAACAAAUCAGAGACGGGCAGGGAAAGGAUAAGGCGAGAGCCGCCCUCCAGAGCUUGCACUCAACUUAAUUUGCACUCGAGCAGCAAGAAGGGGAAGGUGGAGCGUGCUGGAGUUCUCUUCUGCCUACGAAGUUGGGUCUGUAGUUGCUGUUUGCAAGUGAGCGUCCAGCAGCCUGAAGCUUCAAGCUCUGGCUGGUGGCAACCAACACCACUGAACUUAGCCCUGGGGAGCGGGUUGCGUUGCGGAAGAGGCAAGAAAGGAGAGUGUGCAGCAGGAACAGGCAACUCCCCCUUACUGUGCUUGUGUGUCUGCCCGCGUUUGGAGCAGCUGCGACCGCAAGACACGGAAAGCUUUCAGCGCUAGUGGAAGGGAGGAUUAUUGGCCGACAGUUUAGUGAAGUUUGCCGGCGCAGUGGCGGCUCCAGGCUCCACCAAGAGAAUGCACCAUGAGGACCCCUCUUCACCGGCCCUACAGAGACCCCGUUAUGGCUCUAUUGUGGAUGAUGAACGGCUUUCAGCAGAAGAGAUGGAUGAAAGGCGGCGUCAGAAUAUUGCCUAUGAGUACUUAUGUCACCUAGAAGAAGCUAAAAGGUGGAUAGAAGUCUGUUUAAAUGAAGAGCUGCCACCCACAACUGAGCUAGAGGAAGGAUUAAGGAAUGGUGUUUACCUUGCCAAAUUAGCAAAGUUUUUUGCACCAAAGUUGGUCUCAGACAAGAAGAUCUAUGAUGUGGAGCAAACACGUUACAAGCGAUCAGGUCUUCAUUUCCGACAUACAGAUAAUACAGUACAGUGGCUAAGAGCGAUGGAAUCCAUUGGCUUACCUAAAAUCUUUUAUCCAGAGACCACAGAUGUCUAUGACAGGAAGAACAUACCUCGGAUGAUAUAUUGUAUACAUGCACUAAGUCUAUAUUUGUUUAAACUUGGAAUUGCUCCUCAAAUCCAGGAUUUGCUGGGGAAAGUAGACUUUACAGAGGAAGAAAUCAGUAACAUGCGGAAGGAAUUGGAGAAGUAUGGGAUACAGAUGCCAUCUUUUAGUAAAAUUGGAGGCAUUCUUGCUAGUGAACUUUCAGUGGAUGAAGCUGCAUUGCAUGCUGCAGUAAUUGCAAUUAAUGAAGCUAUUGAAAAGGGAGUCGCAGAUCAAACAGUCAUAACUUUGAAAAAUCCAAAUGCCAUGUUGGUCAAUGUGGAAGAGGAUCUUGCCCAUGCAUAUCAGAAAGAACUUUCUGAAGCUAAAAAGAGAAAAGAAGAGAGUGCAAGACUGAAGAAUGGUUCGAUUUUGGAGGAAGAAAGAGAUGUCUAUGAAGAAUUGCUGACACAAGCUGAGAUUCAAGGAAACAUCAAUAAGGUCAACAUUCACAUAGCUUUAGACCAAGUGAACAAGGCAAUUGACAGGCAAGAUGAAAUGGCACUAAUGGCAGGCUUGAACCGCCCUGCCCUGAGCCUGCUUGACGUUCUACUGCAAAAUUCCUCAUGGUAUCUAGCACAGUUAUAUGACACUAAAGAUCAGAGAACUCAGAUAGCAGGGUUUCCAAUUAUGCUUGAGAAAAGUGAGAUACAGAAUGAAGUUAGUAUUGCCAAUGUGGAAGCAGAGACUCACAGAUGUAAGCUUAUAGCAGUCGAUCAUAUUAACACUGCAAUUCGUAACUGUGACCCUAAUAAAACGAUCGCUGCUCUUAUGAAAUCUGAGGCCCAACUGCCAGAAGUGUACCCAUCUGCUGCUACCGUGUACCAGACUGAGCUCUUCAAUCUACAACAACAGAAUGCUGUGAACUACCUGGCUCAUGAUGAACUUUCAAUUGCUGUGGAGAUGCUAUCUGCUGUGGUACUACUCAACCAGUCUUUGGAAAACAAGAAUGUUGCAGCAAUAAAAACUCACCUCAGCAAUCCAUCCAUUGGUUUUAAUAACCUGGAAGAAGAGAAUUUACAACGUUAUGCUGAUACUCUGAUGACUAUAAAGUCAGAAGCUUCAUCUCAAGGACAAGAAUAUUUAAGCUGGAAUGAAAUCCAGGACUGUAUCGACAUGGUUAAUGCACAAAUUCAAGAAGAAAAUGACAGGAGUGUAGCAGUUGGUCUCAUUAAUGAAGCCAUUGAUCAUGGAGAUCCUACAAAAACACUAGAAGCACUGCUGCUUCCUAUAGUGAAGCUCCAGAAUGUAAGAGCAGCAAAUGCUUGGCAUUACCAAGAUGUUCUGAGGAAUGCAAAAAUACUCAAAUGUCAGGAAUCUCAGGAUGAUUCAUCACUGCUGUGGCUUGAUGAAAUACAAACAGGAAUUGAUGAUGCCAACAGAAACUUGGACAAUGCCUCAAAAUUGGCCAUUGGUACUACAAUGAUAAACCAAUCUUUGGAAAAUGGAGAUUCUACACAGAUUGUAGCCAUAUUGCAGUCUCCUAACUUCAAUUUAAGAGCUGUCCUAGAGUGUGCUGAAACCUACUAUAGUGGUCUGUUGGAAGCCAAGAGCCUAAAAGCCAAAGAUCCUGAUGAAGGCCCAUGGAUCAAAUCUUCAAUACAAGGCAUCUAUGAUUAUUACUUUAAUGUGGAAACAGAAGAGGGUACAUGUGUUCCCCCUAAAGGAAUUGAACCAAAAACUUCUUGGCUGACUGACAAAGAGAUCCAGAAUAUUGUUUGCCAAAUUACAUCUAAUUACAAUAGAAAACAGCUGUGGUUUGCUAAUGAGGACCUGAUCAUCCAACUGCAAGCUCAAGCAAGGGGAUUCCUACUAAGGAAAAAAUAUAAGGAAAGAAAGGCAUACCUCCAGAGCCAGAAACCAUCUGUGAUAAAAAUACAGGCAUCCUGGAAGGGAUAUAAGCAAAGGAAAGCCUAUUCUGAAAGACUUGAGAUGCUUCAAAAGAAUGUUGCUUCUGUGAUCAAGAUUCAGUCAUGGGUCAAAAUGUGGUUAGCAAGAAGAGCAUAUAGGAAACGGCUGCAAUACUUCAAAGAUCAUAAUGAAGAAAUUGUGAAAAUUCAAGCCUUUAUUAAAGCAAACAAAGCUAGGGAGGAUUAUAAAACAUUGACUGGUUCUGAAAAUCCUCCUUUGAACGUCCUCCGCAAAUUUGCUUAUCUCAUGGAUCAGAGUGAUUUAGACUUUCAAGAAGAGCUGGAAGUAACAAGGUUGAGGGAAGAGGUGGUUACAAAUAUCAGAUCUAGUCAACAGCUGGAGAAGGAUCUGAACCUGAUGGAUAUCAAAAUUGGACUGCUGGUUAAAAACAGGAUCACUCUGCAGGAUGUAGUGUCACACAGCAAGAAGCUGAACAAAAAAACCAAAAAUCGAGCAGAAGAGAUGGUGACUGGGGAGAAGCAGGGCAUCAAAGGCUUGAGCAAAGAGCGGAGGAAGAAGCUGGAGGCCUAUCAGCACUUGUUUUACCUUCUUCAAACUAACCCAACUUACCUGGCAAAGCUGAUCUUCCAGAUGCCCCAGAAUAAAUCCACCAAGUUUAUGGAUACAGUUAUCUUCACAUUGUACAACUAUGCAUCUAAUCAGCGAGAGGAAUAUUUGCUACUGAAGCUCUUCAAAACUGCUUUGGAAGAAGAAAUAAAUUCCAAAGUAGACCAGAUUCAGGAUAUCGUCACAGGGAAUCCUACAGUCAUCAAGAUGGUUGUGAGCUUUAAUAGAAGUGCUAGAGGACAGAACACUCUGCGACAUCUAUUGGCACCAGUGGUGAAAGAGAUCAUGGAUGAUAAAUCCUUAGUCAUCAGCACAAGUCCUGUGGAAGUGUACAAAGCAUGGGUAAACCAAUUAGAAAUGCAAACUGGAGAAGCCAGCAAGUUACCUUAUGACGUGACAACAGAACAAGCGCUGACGCAUCCUGAAGUAGCGAAUCGACUGGAGUCCUCUAUUCAGAGCCUUAGAGCAGUAACCGAUAAAGUUCUUGCAUCCAUAUUUUCUUCUCUGAACUUAAUGCCUUAUGGAAUGAGGUAUAUAGCCAAAGUUCUGAAGAACUCGCUGCAUGAAAAAUUCCCAGAUGCAACAGAAGAUGAGCUAUUAAAGAUUGUUGGGAAUCUCCUCUACUAUCGGUACAUGAACCCAGCCAUUGUUGCCCCUGAUGGUUUUGAUAUCAUUGACAUGACAGCCGGAGGCCAGAUUCACCCUGAUCAGAGGAGGAAUUUAGGUUGUGUGGCCAAAGUUCUUCAGCAUGCUGCCUCAAACAAUCUUUUUGAAGGAGAAAAUGCACAUCUCUCGUCCAUGAACAGUUACCUCUCUCAGACGUAUGAGAAAUUCAGGAAUUUUUUUCAAGCAGCGUGUAUCGUCCCUGAACCUGAAGAAAAAUUCAAUAUUGAUGAAUACUCUGACAUGGUGACACUCAGCAAGCCAGUUAUAUAUAUCUCUAUUGAAGAAAUUAUCAACACUCAUUCAUUAUUGCUGGAGCACCAGGAUGCCAUUGCUCCUGAUCCAAAUGACAUCUUAAGUGAACUUCUUACAGGGCUGGGUGAAGUUCCUGAUGUGGAGACUUUCCUUGGGGAAGGAGCUGUUGAUCCCAAUGACCCUAACAAAGAGAACACAUUAAGUCAGCUGGUAAAGACAGAAAUUUCUCUUUCGCUGACCAGGAAAUAUGACUUACGGGAAGGUGAAGAACAGGACAUCAAAGGCCUGAUGAUGAAAACCAAAAGGCUUAUUGUUGAUGUGAUACGAGCUCAACCAGGAGAGACCCUUGCAAAAAUCUUGGAAACACCUGCAUCUGAACAUCAGGAAGCUGAACACUUAAAAAUAGUAGAAAAACGUGUUAUUCUGGAUUCUAAAACACCAGAGAAAAUGAAACACAGCAGAUCUAUUCUUCAAGAAGGGCAGCUACCAUUAGAGCAAAAGAAAAGGAAAAUCCAAAGGAACCUUCGGACACUGGAACAGGCUGGACUGGUUUCAUCUGAAAAUAAAUACCAGGAAAUCAUCAAUGAAAUAGCUAAGGAUAUUAGAAAUCAAAGAAGAUACAGACAGCAUCGAAAAGCAGAAUUGGUGAAACUCCAACAGACACUGAAUGCUCUCAAUUCCAAGAAAGCUUUUUAUGAAGAUCAAAUAAAUUAUUACAACACCUACAUUAAAACCUGUUUAGAUAAUUUAACAAGGAAAAAUUCACGGAGAUCAAUCAAAAUAAGUGGAAAAGAGGAAGAGAAAGGAAACAAACUUAAGAACAUUUCACUGAAGUACACAGCAGCAAGGUUACACGAAAAGGGGGUUAUACUAGGAAUUGAUGAGCUUCAGCCUUAUCAGUUUAAGAAUGUCAUGUUUGAAAUUACACCUGGUGAAGAAGUGGGUGACUUUGAUAUCAAAGCAAAGUUCUUGGGAGUGGAAAUGGAAAAGGUGCAGCUCCAUUUUCAGGACUUGCUUCAAAUGCAGUAUGAAGGUGUCUCUGUAAUGAAAAUGUUUGACAAAGCUAAAGUGAAUGUAAACCUCCUCAUAUUCCUGCUGAACAAGAAAUUCUAUGGAAAAUGAAGGCUGAUGGGAUCUUAGACUUCAAAUCAAGGGUCCCAGUUUUGGGUCUUUGCUUUUUAAACAUCUGAAGCUAUUAUGCAGCAGACAUUUUCUUCAAGGACAUCCAGAGGAAUGUACUUAUGUGCCUUUUUAUCUUUCGAUAAUGCAGUAGGAAAAUAAGAACAUUCAAAUCAACUUAAAUACUUCCAGAUUUCUCACUGGUGUUUGUACUUUAUUUAAAAGGAUCUGAUUUAGUGGCAUCUUAACAUUGUAUGUCUGAUUUUUAAAAAAUAUGCAAGAUACUUAUUUGAACAGAGUAUUUAGAAAUCCUUUCCCAGUAAAAUAUAUAUCCCCAAUAUAGCUUUCCUUAGACAAUUAUUCAUAGAGAAAAAUCCUAAUGUGUGUCUCUAAAUAAUACCUUUGGCAAAUAUUUUGCUUAAAUGCGGAUGGCUCUUUUCCAGAAACCUGUCAAUUGUAAAGUGAAUUAUUGUGCAAUUCAAAGUUUUAUAGGUGAUUAUAAAUUUAACAUUUACUGUAUAAAAUAUAUAUUUUGCAAUUCAUUCCUACUAAAAAUGCACUACUGCCUCAAUAAAAUUGUCUAUAUACAACCUUUUAAUUUAAGUGUAAAGGGGCAAUUUGAAUAGUGAUCAGUUUUUUGCAAUGUACUUGAGGUAUUUUGAAGAAAUAAAUUGUGCCUGCCUUUUUGUAAGAAAAGAAAAAAAAUCCAUAAAUAAAAUGCAAUAAAUCAGCAUCUAGUUUAUUUUUAAA